AGCCGAGCUUAGCUGCGGCGACGCUGGUUCUGGGUUGCAUCUUUAAUUUGUUAAAAAAGAAUCCAACUUCUGGGUUUCGUUUCUGGAUUGCUUUUUGCUUUGUAUGUCCCAAUAAUCGAAUCUCUCCUUCAUUUCGGCGAAUCAAUCCCCCCGGCGCCCCGUUUCUUUCAAAGACACGCGGAGGGAGCCCAUCAGCGGUGAAGAAUAUCAGCCAAUCGGUACCCGAAUCGUCACCCCUUGAGGUACUGAACAUUUCUUGACUUGUGUGGCGGGGCAGUCUUUAUUUCUUCCGAUAAUGAGCUGAUCAUGUCUCUUCUGAUUCUCUGUUUCAUUCAUGGUUUCUUGUGUUGUUUAAAGAGUUCUAUUUCCAACAAUUCAUGAAUCUCGUUUGCUACAUCCUUCAUUACUUCGUUAUAGCAUACUCAAACCAUUGACUAGUUAUGAAAUGAUUGCUGCUACAGUUUACAGAACCUGCAGUUAACUGCUUCUGCCUUCUAACCCAGGUCCUGAGUUCAUUAAUGGUUUAAGUUAGAAUUGACACUUGAACUGGAAAUCUUUUGCAGAGAAAUGCCUAGAAUUGACACUUGAUAGGUUGAUAAGUGCCUCGCCGUUGACUCGAGUAUAAACACUGGACCAAUUGUGUGUCUUCUUAGGAACAAAAUUUCUGACUGUCAACUUCAAUUGGGACAAAGGCCAACCAUUGGUCUUCCAACUAUCUGGUCGUUUGCAGCAUCCUGAACCUAGAGAACUUGAUCAGUCAAACAUAGGGAUACUUAAGCCAUACAUUUAACGAACCUAGGCUAGACAUUCUUGUGAAAACGUGCAGCAGCUUGGGUGUUGAUUCAUGCAUUCAUUUACCUAUAACACAAGCAGAACAGAACAAUUGGUUGUCUUCUACAGCAUCGUUGCAUUCUACAGCAUUGCAGUUCUGGCAUUUUAUUAUAAGCAUUCAUUCUAUUGGGUGUUCUGUUGAAAACAGUUUCUUGAAAAUCCAAAACCAAAACCUCUAUAUUCAUCAUCAUUGUGCUUUGUGUAGACAAUACAUUGUUAACUUGGUGAAUCCCAUUUUGCUUCUCCAUACCUCUUCUGUCUACUGAGCAUUCUCUGUGUUAAACCUGGCAGAGAGUUAUCUCUAUUCCAAUUUCAAGAAAGAAAAGAUGCAUAACGACCAAGACAAGAAUCUCAUCGAAAUUCUGGACGGAAACGUGCUCGUCGACAUUGCCAAGUACACAAACUACGUCAGCGACCCACAGGCUGGCGCGAUCACGACAUUCUCCGGGACAACAAGAGACACCUUUGAUGGCAAGACGGUGGUGGAGCUGCGGUACGAGGCGUACGUGCCAAUGGCAGUACGCCAAAUCCAAGCAAUCUGUUCGUCGGCCAGAGCCACCUGGAAGAUCCACGCCAUUUCAGUGGCACACCGCCUGGGUGCGGUUCCGGUAGGGGAAACCAGCGUGUUCAUUGCAGUGUCGGCUGUUCAUCGUGCCGAUGCGCUGGAUGCUUGUAAGUUCAUGAUAGACGAGCUCAAGGCGACUGUUCCGAUUUGGAAGAAGGAGGUUUACUCGAAUGGAGAGGUUUGGAAGGAGAAUCCUGAGUUCAUGGAGAGGAGAUCAAUGGAGCCGGCAGGAAAGGCUGUUGAUGCGCCGAAUGUUGCUUGUAGAAGAAUUUGCUGUGGGGCUAAGUCUAACGUCAGUGAUGAAAGCACUGCAUGUGAGAUGAACUUAGAAUAGAACUUGAAAAUGCUUAGUUUAGCUGGACUGGGAAAUAAGAUUCAAAACAGAACUUGAUGAUCUAGGGCAAGGUUGUCAAACCGGUUUAAGUCAUUGAGCCGGUCAAGCAAGGGGUUUGAGGUUUAAUGGUCUGAUCGGGAUCCGGCCGUUUUGAGCCGUUUUAGACGUUUUCUAAAUAUAUAUACAAAUAAAGUAGUAAUUAAAAAUUUAAUGAGUGAAAUAAAAUUUAUCUUACAUA